AUGGCUGACAGGCUGGCAUUUCUCCUCUUUGGAGACCAGUCCCUCGACACCUACGACUUUCUCUCGGGCUUCUACCGCGAGGGCCAUCAAGGCAUUCUUGCCACUGCCUUUCUCAACCAAGCCGGCGAGGCUCUCUGGCGUGAAAUCGAGGGUCUCGGCCGGCUCGAGCGUGCCAAGCUGCCGCUGUUUAGGACACUACAGCAGCUGAACGAGCGAUACCAUGCCCAAGACCUGAAGCACCCGGCCGUGGACGGCGCCCUGCUGUGCAUUACACAGCUGGUGCACUACAUUGACCAUGCCGAGAAACAUUGGGAAGAUGUCACCCAGCACGAGCACACCUACCUAGUCGGCCUGUGCUCCGGCCUUUUUGCGGCGGCCGCCAUCGCCUCUACGCCAUCACUCUCUGCCCUGGUCCCCGUCGCCGUGCAGGCCGUCCUGAUGUCGUUCCGCACAGGUUUGUACGUCGCCACCCUUGCGGACCGGCUCUGCCCGCCCUCGGAGAAGUCCGAGAGCUGGACGUACGUCUACCCGAACCAGCAAGAAGAAGACAUUCGCCGUGUUCUCUCCGAGUUUUGCCGUUCGAACUCCAUUCCCCCGGCAGCCACUGGCUACAUUAGCGCCGUUUCCUCCGGCAACGUGGCCGUGUCAGGGCCACCGACGACGCUGAAGGCACUGACUGCCUCCGGACAGCUGGGCCGCUCGGCGCCCAUCCCCGUGCACGGGCCGUAUCACGCGUCACAUCUUCACGCGGACGCAGACGCCCGGAAGAUCCUCCGUCUGGACGACGCCAGCGUGGCGGACGCGCUUUUCAAGACGAAGCCGCGGUCCGCCGUCAUGUCGUGUGCGACGGGCACAUGGCUCCGCGAAACUACCACAGAGGCGCUGUUCGAGUCCGUCGUGUACGAGAUCCUGAACGAGCCGCUGCGGUUCCACCGUGUCCUGGAUGGCUGUCUCGACCUGGCCCGCGACUACCCCCGCGGCGACUGUGUCGUGAUUCCCUUCGGCCCCACGCAGAGCGCGAAAACGCUUGCCAGCCUGCUGCGCGCCAAGACAGAGCUCACGGUGACGCUCCGUCCGUCGCCCGAGUUUUCAUCCAGUGCCAACGGCAUCACGACCCAGCCGUCCCAGAUCGGCAACCACGGCCCCUCCGGCCGAGGCAAGCUGGCCAUUGUGGGCAUGGCCGGCCGCUUCCCCGACGCCGCCAGUCACGAGAAGCUGUGGGAGCUGCUGGCCAAGGGCCUCGACGUGCACCGCGUCGUGCCCGCCGACCGCUUCCCCGCGGCCACGCAUGUGGACCCCACCGGCAAAGCCAUCAACACGAGCCAUACGCCGUACGGCUGCUGGAUCGAGAACCCGGGCUUCUUCGACCCGCGCUUCUUCAACAUGUCGCCCCGCGAGGCUCUGCAGACAGACCCCAUGCAGCGCAUGGCCAUCGCCACGGCGUUUGAAGCGCUGGAAAUGUCGGGCUACGUGCCCAACCGCACGCCCUCCACGCGCCUCGACCGCAUCGGCACCUUUUACGGCCAGACAUCGGACGACUGGCGCGAAAUCAAUGCGGCGCAGGAGGUCGACACGUACUUUAUCACGGGCGGCGUGCGGGCUUUCGGGCCGGGCCGCAUCAACUACCACUUCGGGUUCAGCGGCCCCAGCCUCAACAUUGACACGGCGUGCUCGUCCAGUGCCGCCGCGAUGAAUGUGGCGUGCACGGCGCUGUGGUCGCGCGACUGCGACACGGCCAUUGUCGGCGGGCUGUCGUGCAUGACCAACUCGGACAUUUUUGCCGGGCUGAGCCGGGGCCAGUUCCUGUCCAAGAAGGGCCCUUGCGCCACCUUUGACGACGGCGCCGACGGCUACUGCCGCGGUGACGGCUGCGCGUCGGUCAUUGUCAAGCGCCUCGAGGACGCCGAGGCCGACGGCGACAACAUCCUGGCCGUCAUCCUGGGCACGGCGACCAACCACUCGGCCGACGCCAUUUCCAUCACGCACCCGCACGGCCCCACGCAGUCGAUUCUGUCGUCGGCGAUCCUCGACGAGGCCGGCGUCGACCCGCUCGACGUGGACUACGUCGAGAUGCACGGCACGGGCACGCAGGCCGGCGACGGUACCGAGAUGCUGUCGGUCACCAACGUCUUUGCCCCGGCGCACCGCAAGCGACCGGCCGACCGGCCGCUCUACUUGGGCGCCGUCAAGGCCAACGUGGGCCACGGCGAGGCGGCCUCGGGCGUGACGGCGCUGGUCAAGGUGCUGCUGAUGCUGCAGAAGAACCAGAUUCCGCCGCACGUCGGCAUCAAGCAGGAAAUCAACAAGGGCUUCCCCAAGGACCUGUCCGAGCGCAACGUUAACAUUGCCUUCCACAUGACGCCCUUCCGCCGCACCGACGGCAAGCCCCGCCGCGUGUUCAUCAACAACUUCAGCGCCGCCGGGGGCAACACGGGCCUUCUGCUCGAAGACGCGCCGCGCCGCGCACCAGCAACGGCCGACCCGCGCAGCAUGCACGUCAUCACCGUGACGGGCAAGUCCAAGUCGGCCAUGAUCCACAACGCAGAGCGUCUUGUCGCCUGGAUCGAUGCGCACCCGGACACGCCGGUGGCCGACGUCGCCUACACCACGACGGCGCGCCGCAUCCAGCACUACUGGCGCAUGAACGUGACGGCGGCCGACCUGCCCGAGGCCAAGCAGGCGCUCCAGGCGCGCCUGCAGGGCAGCUUCGUGCCCGUGCUGCCCGAGCCGCCCAAGGUGGCCUUCAUGUUCACCGGGCAGGGCUCGCACUACGCCGGCCUCGGCCAGGAGCUGUAUGCGCACGCCGCCGUGUUCCGCGACAGCAUCGACGAGUUCGACCAGAUUGCCAAGAUCCACGGCUUCCCCUCGUUCUUGCCGCUCAUCGACGGCAGCGCGUCGGACGUCACGACGCUGAGCCCCGUUGUGGUGCAGCUGGGCCUGGCGUGCUUCGAAAUGGCCCUGGCGCGUCUCUGGAUCUCGUGGGGCAUCCAGCCCGCGGCCGUUCUGGGCCACAGCCUCGGCGAGUACGCCGCGCUCAACGUGGCCGGCGUGCUCUCGGCCAGCGACACUAUCUACCUGGUCGGCGCGCGCGCGCGCCUGCUCGUGGACAAGUGCACGGCCGGCACGCAUACGAUGCUGGCGGUGCAGGGCUCUCUGUCGACGGUGAUGGACGCGCUCGGCGAAGCGCGUGCGGCUGCGGUGAACGUGGCCUGCAUCAACGGCCCCCGCGAGACGGUGCUGAGCGGCGACGCCGCCGAGAUGGCCGAGUGCGCGCAGCACCUGGGCGCGACGGGCGGGUUCAAGUGCACGCAGCUGAAGGUGCCCUUUGCGUUCCACUCGGCGCAGGUCGACCCGAUCCUGGACGACUUUGAGACGCUGGCGCGCGCCGUCACCUUCCAGCGGCCCACGGUGCCCAUCGUGUCGCCGCUGCUCGGCCGCCUGAUCGCGGCGGGCGACCGCGACGGCGUGCCGCCGGUGGACGCGGCCUACCUUCGCAACCAUGCCCGCGAGGCCGUCAACUUCCUGGGCGGCCUUGUGUCGGCGCAGCAGUCUGGCGCUAUUGACGAGAAGACUGUGUGGCUCGAGGUGGGCCCGCACCCGGUGUGCGCCAACAUGGUCAAGGCGGCGUUUGGCGCGACCACGAUUGCGGUGCCGACGCUGCGCCGCAACGAGGCGACGUACAAGACGCUGAGCGCGAGCCUGUGCACGCUGCACUCGGCAGGCCUCAACCUCGACUGGAACGAGAUGCACGGCGACUUCCGCGCGUCGACGCGGCUGCUGGACCUGCCCUCGUACGCCUUUGACAACAAGAACUACUGGCUGCAGUACGAGGGUGACUGGUCGCUCAUCAAGAACCGCUUUGCGACGAUGCUGCCGGGGACGUCCACCGCGGCCGUCGAGCCGCCCAAGCCCACGCUGUCAACGUCCAGCGUGCACAAGGUGGUGCGCGAAGAGGUCGACGGCAGCACGGUGACGCUCGAGACGGAGUCGGACAUGUGCCGCGCCGACAUGCGCCUGGCGCUCGAGGGCCAUCUGGUCAACAACACGCCGCUGUGCCCGUCGACGCUGUACGCCGAUAUGGCCAUGACCAUUGGCGACUACAUGUACCGGCUGGCCAAGCCGGAGCGCGACGCCAAGGACCGCGUGCCGACCAACAUUGCCGACAUGGAGGUGAGCAAGACGCUCAUCUUUGACGACAGCACCGGCAGCCACAUCCUGCGCGUGUCGGCGACGGCGCACGUCGACAAGGGCUAUGCGACGCUCCGCUUCCACACGGGCGAGGGCGCCAAGACGACAGAGCACGCCACGUGCAAGGUGCUCUACGGCGACGCGACGCAAUGGUCCAACGAGUUUGAGCGGGUCAACUACCUGAUCCGCGGGCGCAUCGACGCGCUCCAGCGCGCCGAGGAGGCGGGCACGGCCAGCAAGAUCGGCCGCGGCAUCGCCUACAAGCUGUUCACGGCGCUCGUCGACUACGCGCCGCGCUACCGCGGCAUGGACGAGGUGAUCCUGGACAGCGCCACAUGCGAGGCCACGGCGACGGUGCGCUUCCAGACGUCCGAGGCGGACGGCCGCUACUUUUUCAACCCCUUCUGGAUCGACAGCAUGUGCCACAUCUCGGGCUUCAUUGUCAAUGCCACCGACGCCGUGGACUCGCGUGAGCAGGUCUACAUCUCGCACGGCUGGGGCUCGCUGCGCUUCGUGGAGACGCCCGACGCGGCCAAGACGUACCGCAGCUACAUCCGCAUGCAGCCCGUCAAGGGCACCACCAUGUUCUCGGGCGACGCCUACGUCUUUGACGGCGACCGCAUCAUUGGCGUCUGCGGCGACGUGCGCUUUGCGGCGAUUCCGCGCAAGGUGCUCAACCUGGUGCUGCCGCCGCGGGGUGUUGCUGGUGCCGGUGCUGGUGCUGCUGCUGCUGCUCCUGCUCGCAAGGCCCUGGCUGCGGCACCGGCUACGGCACCGACUGCCGCUGCUACCGCCACCGCUCCGGCCAAGGCCAAGAACACCAAGGUGGUCACGCACGCCAACAUUGGCAAGGUCAACCAGAAGCUCACGUCGGUCGUCACCAAGGUGUUUGACAUUCUGGCCAAGGAGAUUGGCGUGUCCCACGACGAGCUGGUCGACAACGUGGCCUUUGGCGACCUGGGCGUCGACUCGCUCAUGUCUCUGACCGUCAGCGGCCGCAUCCGCGAGGAGCUGGACGUCGACCUGCACUCCAACGCCUUUGUCGACUACCCGACCAUUGGCGCCUUCAAGACGUAUCUGGCGCAGUUUGAGACGGCCCACACGAACGCCACCACGCCCGGCGCCUCCUCGCUCGAGGACUCGGGCAUUUCGAGCUCCGACUCCGAGACGGACGGCAUGAAGUCGGACUCGGAGGUCACGACGCCCAUGGAGGAGAGCGAGAGCGGCUCCGUCAAGGACGCCGGCGAGUGUGCGGCGGCAGGAAGCGACGUCUCGGCGCUGCAAAAGGCCGUGCGCGAGACCAUUGCCGAGGAGAUGCAGGUCGACGUCGACGAAAUCAUUGCCGCGCCGGACCUGGCCAACUUGGGCAUGGACUCGCUGAUGAGCCUCCAGAUCCUGGGCACGCUGCGCGAGAGGACGGGGCUAAACAUCCCCUCCGACCUGCCCCCCCGCCCGCCGCCGCCGCCACGGGCGUCCAAGCCCGUCGUGGCGGCGCGUGCUCCGCUCCCUGCCGCGCCCGCGCCUGUUCCCGUUGCCACUGGCCAAGAGGUCCGCUUGGAGCCGGCCGAUCCCAUUGAGAAGCUGCCGCGGCCCGCCACGAUUGUCGACCACUACCCGCACCGCAAAGCCACGUCCGUCCUGCUCCAGGGCAGCCACCGCACGGCGACGCACAACAUGUUCAUGAUCCCCGACGGCAGCGGCAGCGCCACGUCCUACACGGAGAUCUCGGACAUUGGCCCCGACUGGGCCGUCUGGGGCCUCUUCUCGCCGUUUUUGAAGACGCCCGAGGAGUAUAAGUGCGGCGUCUACGGCGUGGCGACCAAGUUCAUCACGGAGAUGAAGCGCCGCCAGCCGGCCGGGCCCUACAACCUGGCCGGCUGGUCGGCCGGCGGCAUCAUUGCCUUUGAGAUGGCCAACCAGCUGAUCAAGGCGGGCGAGGCCGUCGACAACCUAGUCCUCAUCGACUCGCCGUCCCCCGACACCAUUGAGCCGCUGCCCAAGGGCCUGCACGCGUGGUUCGCGUCCAUCGGGCUGCUGGGCGACGGCGACCCGAGCUCGGUCCCCGCGUGGCUGCUCCCGCACUUUGCCGCGACCGUCACGGCGCUGUCCAACUACACGGCCGAGCCGCUGCCCGCAGCCCACUGCCCCAAGGUCACCAUCAUCUGGUGCGAGGACGGCGUGUGCCACCUGCCGACGGACCCGCGCCCGCAGCCGUACCCCUCGGGCCACGCCCUGUUCCUGCUGGAGAACCGCACGGACUUUGGCCCCAACCUCUGGGAUGCCUACCUGGAUCCGCGCAAGAUGCUCAUCCGCCACAUGCCGGGCCACCACUUUUCCAUUAUCCACGGCGACCAAGCAAAGCAGCUGGGUGCAUUUAUGCGCGAGGGCCUUGGUGUGUAA